UUGGGGUCCUUGGCAUGACUGGAAUCGGCAAGACAACUGUUGCUGCUAGCGUUUACAAACGAAACUACCGUCGGUUUGAUGGCUACUGUUUCGUUGAAGACAUUGAGAAUGAGUCGAUAAGGCGUGGAUUGCCUCAUUUGCGUCAGAAGCUCCUAAGUAAAUUAUUGGACGAAGAAAAUGUGGACGUCAGAGCGCAUGGGAGAUUGAAAGAGUUCCUCAGGAACAAGAAGGUGUUUAUUGUGCUGGAUAAUGUGACCGAAGAGAAUCAAAUCGAAGUUCUCAUCGGACAGCGGGAACUGUACCGGAAAGGAAGCAGGAUUGUUAUAACAACCAGAGACAAGAAACUGCUUGAGAACAAUGCUGAUGCAACGUACGUAGUUCCCAGAUUAAAUGACAGGGAAGCUAUGGAGCUUUUCUGCCUUGAGGCAUUUUCUGAAAACCUCCACUCCACGGAAGAGUUUAUGGAUCUAGCAGAGAACUUUGUGUAUUACGCUAAAGGACAUCCGUUAGCUUUGAAGUUGUUAGGUUCAGGUCUACGCCACAAGGAAAAAACAUACUGGAUGCAGAAAUGGGAGAGGUUAAGGGUAGUGCCAGACAAGGAGAUUCAGAAA